CCAGGCGGCUGAUUAGUGCCGCUGGCCUCUCCAGAUGGGGAGCAAGGCCUGAGAGGGGCGCCUGCCACCACGCCAGGAGGAGGCCUCGCCGGAGCCAGAAGACCUGGAUCGGAUCUGCCUCUGACGGGCUGACGAUGCCCAGUGGAUAGUCCGUGCUAGCAUGCGUCACCCCUAGGCACAGCCACCAGACACGUCUCCUCCCGGAUCCGCCUGACCUGUGGCAUAGGACUCAUCCCACCGCUUCCCCUGACGUCUGCCUGAUCAACCAUUGCUUCCUUAGAGACCGAGGAAGGAGGCAGACGCAGGAAAUCAUGCCACCGACGGCCCGACAGCAAUGAGCGGGUGAUGCCGAGUUGACGUCAGAGGCACAGAAGGCCAGCAGCUGCCCGUCCGGGCUGCAGCCCCGCAGCGCCAGCCCCCGGCGCCUCCUCCCGGUGUGGCCUGAAGCCCAGCCGCUCCUGGGGACCUGACCUCGGCCGGACCCAUUUUGAGGUCUGUGGACCCUUGGACACUAGACACCAUGGAGAGCCACAUGUUCAGCGUUCAGCAGAUCCAACCCAACGUCAUUUCUGUCCGCCUCUUCAAGCGCAAAGUGGGGGGCCUGGGGUUCCUGGUGAAGGAGAGGGUGAGCAAGCCACCCGUGAUCAUCUCUGACCUGAUCCGAGGGGGUGCCGCGGAGCAGAGCGGCCUCAUCCAGGCUGGGGACAUCAUUCUCGCCGUCAACGGCCAGCCCUUGGUGGACCUGAGCUAUGACAGCGCCCUGGAGGUGCUCAGGGGGAUUGCCUCUGAGACCCACGUGGUGCUCAUCCUCAGGGGCCCUGAGGGCUUCACCACACACCUGGAGACCACGUUCACCGGGGAUGGGACCCCCAAGACCAUCCGGGUGACCCGGCCCCUGGGUCCCCCCACAGCAGCCGUUGACCUGUCCCACCAAGCAUCAGCCGGCAGAGAGCAGACGCUGGCGGUGGACGGGGCCACGGGUCCCGGAAAUGGUCCCCAGCAUGCUCCAGAUCCAGGGCAGGAAGCCAGCUCUCUCGCCCAAGCCAACGGCCUGGCUGCCAGGCCCCCAGGCCAGGACCCAGCCAAGAAAAGCACUGGGGUCGCCCUCCAGGGCAGCGGGGAGAACAAUAAACUGCUCAAAGAGAUAGAGCCUGUCCUGAACCUUCUCACCAGCGGGGGCAAAGCGAUCAACGGAGGGGGACCUGCCAAGACAGAGACCAAGGACGUGGAAGUCCAGGUGGACAGAGACCCGGACGGCAAGUCACACAAACCUCUGCCUCUCGGCGUGGAGAACGACCGCGUCUUCAAUGACCUGUGGGGGAAGGGCAACAUGCCCGUCGUCCUCAACAACCCGCACUCAGAGAAGGAGCAGCCCCCUGCCUCGGGGAAACAGUCUCCCACGAAGAAUGGCAGCCCCUCCAAGUGCCCUCGCUUCCUCAAGGUCAAGAACUGGGAGACCGACGUGGUUCUCUCUGACACCCUCCACCUCAAGAGCACGUUGGGAACGGGAUGCACUGAGCACAUCUGUAUGGGGUCCGUCAUGCUCCCUACUCAGCAAAUACGAAAGCCUGAAGACGUCCGCACAAAAGAACAGCUCUUUCCUCUUGCCAAAGAGUUCAUUGAUCAGUACUACUCAUCAAUUAAAAGGUUCGGCUCCAAAGCCCACAUGGAGAGGCUGGAAGAGGUGAACAAAGAGAUCGAAACUACUAGCACCUACCAGCUCAAGGACACAGAGCUCAUCUACGGGGCCAAGCACGCCUGGCGGAACGCCUCCCGCUGCGUCGGCAGGAUCCAGUGGUCCAAGCUGCAGGUGUUUGAUGCCCGAGACUGUACCACUGCUCAUGGGAUGUUCAACUACAUCUGUAACCACAUCAAGUAUGCCACCAACAAAGGGAACCUCAGAUCUGCGAUCACCAUAUUUCCCCAGAGGACCGACGGCAAGCAUGACUUCCGCGUUUGGAACUCCCAACUCAUCCGCUACGCUGGCUACAAGCAGCCCGAUGGCUCCAUCCUGGGGGACCCAGCCAACGUGGAGUUCACGGAGAUCUGCAUACAGCAGGGCUGGAAACCCCCACGAAGCCGCUUCGAUGUCCUGCCGCUCCUGCUCCAGGCCAACGGCAACGACCCAGAGCUCUUCCAGAUCCCUCCAGAGUUGGUACUGGAAGUCCCCAUCAGGCACCCCAAGUUCGAGUGGUUCAAGGACCUGGGACUGAAGUGGUACGGCCUCCCCGCUGUGUCCAACAUGCUCCUAGAGAUCGGCGGCCUGGAGUUCAGCGCCUGUCCCUUCAGCGGCUGGUACAUGGGCACAGAGAUUGGCGUCCGUGACUACUGCGACAGCUCCCGAUACAACAUCCUGGAGGAUGUGGCCAAGAAGAUGAACUUGGACAUGAGGAAGACAUCCUCUCUGUGGAAGGACCAGGCGCUGGUGGAGAUCAAUAUUGCGGUUCUGUACAGCUUCCAGAGUGACAAGGUGACCAUCGUCGACCACCACUCCGCCACCGAGUCCUUCAUUAAGCACAUGGAGAACGAGUAUCGCUGCCGGGGGGGCUGCCCCGCUGACUGGGUGUGGAUCGUGCCCCCCAUGUCCGGCAGUAUCACCCCCGUCUUCCACCAGGAGAUGCUCAACUACCGGCUCACACCCUCCUUCGAAUACCAGCCUGACCCUUGGAACACCCAUGUCUGGAAAGGCACCAACGGGACCCCCACAAAGCGGCGAGCCAUCGGCUUCAAGAAGCUGGCAGAAGCCGUCAAGUUCUCAGCCAAACUGAUGGGGCAGGCUAUGGCCAAGAGGGUCAAGGCUACCAUCCUUUAUGCCACAGAGACGGGCAAGUCUCAGGCUUAUGCCAAAACCUUGUGUGAGAUCUUCAAACAUGCCUUUGAUGCCAAGGUGAUGUCCAUGGAAGAAUAUGACAUUGUACACCUGGAACAUGAAACUCUGGUCCUGGUGGUUACCAGCACCUUUGGCAAUGGAGACCCCCCUGAGAAUGGGGAGAAAUUCGGCUGUGCUUUGAUGGAAAUGAGGAACCCUAACUCUGUGCACGAGGAAAGGAAGUACCCGGAACCCUUGCGUUUCUUUCCCCGUAAAGGGCCUCCCCUCUCCCGUGGUGACACAGAAGUCCACGGUCUGGCUGCAGUUCGUGACAGCCAGCGCAGGAGCUACAAGGUGCGUUUCAACAGCGUUUCCUCAUACUCUGACUCCCGCAAAUCAUCGGGUGAUGGGCCAGACCUCAGAGACAACUUUGAGAGCACCGGACCCCUGGCCAACGUGAGGUUCUCUGUGUUCGGCCUUGGCUCGCGGGCAUACCCUCACUUCUGCGCCUUUGGACACGCUGUGGACACCCUCCUGGAAGAGCUUGGAGGAGAGAGGAUCCUGAAGAUGAGGGAGGGAGAUGAGCUUUGUGGGCAGGAAGAGGCUUUCAGGACCUGGGCUAAGAAGGUCUUCAAGGCAGCCUGUGAUGUGUUCUGCGUGGGUGAUGACGUCAACAUUGAGAAGGCGAACAACUCGCUCAUCAGCAAUGACCGCAGCUGGAAGAGAAACAAGUUCCGUCUCACCUACGUGGCGGAAGCUCCGGAACUCACGCAAGGUCUAUCCAAUGUCCACAAAAAGCGGGUCUCAGCCGCUCGACUCCUCAGCCGCCAAAACCUUCAGAGUCCAAAAUCCAGUCGAUCGACCAUCUUCGUGCGUCUCCACACCAACGGGAAUCAGGAGCUGCAGUACCAGCCCGGGGACCACCUGGGCGUCUUCCCCGGCAACCACGAGGACCUGGUGAAUGCCCUGAUCGAGCGGCUGGAGGAUGCGCCCCCUGCCAACCAGUUGGUGAAGGUGGAGCUGCUGGAGGAGCGGAACACGGCUUUGGGGGUCAUCAGUAACUGGACCGAUGAGCAUCGCCUGCCGCCCUGCACCAUCUUCCAGGCCUUCAAGUACUACCUGGACAUCACCACACCUCCGACGCCACUGCAGCUGCAGCAGUUUGCCUCCCUGGCCACCAGUGAGAAGGAGAGGCAGCGUUUGCUGGUCCUCAGCAAGGGUCUGCAGGAGUACGAGGAGUGGAAAUGGGGCAAGAACCCCACCAUCGUGGAGGUGCUGGAGGAGUUCCCGUCCAUCCAGAUGCCCUCCACCCUGCUCCUGACCCAGCUGUCCCUGCUGCAGCCUCGCUACUAUUCCAUCAGCUCCUCCCCGGACAUGUACCCCGACGAGGUGCACCUCACUGUGGCCAUCGUCUCCUACCGCACCCGAGAUGGAGAAGGACCAAUUCACCACGGCGUGUGCUCCUCCUGGCUCAACCGGAUCCAGGCUGACGAAGUGGUGCCCUGUUUCGUGAGAGGAGCGCCCAGCUUCCACCUGCCCCAAAAUCCCCAAGUGCCCUGUAUCCUGGUUGGCCCAGGCACUGGCAUCGCCCCCUUCCGGAGCUUCUGGCAGCAGCGGCAAUUUGAUAUCCAACACAAAGGAAUGAGCCCCUGCCCCAUGAUCCUGGUCUUCGGGUGCCGGCAGUCCAAGAUAGACCACAUCUACAGGGAGGAGGCCUUGCAGGCCAAGAGCAAGGGGGUCUUCAGAGAACUGUACACAGCCUACUCCCGGGAGCCAGACAAACCAAAGAAGUACGUGCAAGACAUCCUACAAGAGCAGCUGGCAGAACCCGUGUAUCGAGCCCUGAAGGAGCAAGGGGGCCACAUCUACGUGUGUGGGGAUGUCACCAUGGCGGCCGAUGUCCUCAAAGCCAUCCAGCGCAUCAUGACCCAGAAGGGCAAGCUCUCGGUGGAGGACGCUGGCGUGUUCAUCAGCAGGCUGAGGGAUGACAACCGCUACCAUGAGGACAUUUUCGGGGUCACCCUGCGCACAUAUGAAGUGACCAACCGCCUUAGAUCUGAAUCCAUUGCCUUCAUUGAGGAGAGCAAAAAAGACACCGAUGAGGUUUUCAGCUCCUAACUGGACCCUCUUGCCCAGACGGAUGGCAGGGUGGCCGCCCCAUUGCGCUCGGCCGGGGUGGCUGCUUUUGUAAGCACGGACACUGCUGAACCUUCCCUUCGGGCACCCCCACGUGGCCCCCGCUCUGCCUCUCGUCCUGUCGCCGUGUCCUGGUCCUCCUCUCCCGGGUUCUCACCUCUCAGUGGUUUCCCGGCCCUCUUGGGUUUUCUCCUUGAGUUUUCGUGCUGCAGUGCAACGCCUUUAUAGUCCGCAGUGGCUCUUACAAAACCGUCUCCCUCUCCCUCUCUUUCCAACAAGGGCAAAUCACCGGUGCAUGAAACGACUGGAGCAUGGCCAGGGCUCGCGCUAGGGUGUUUUUUGGGGUUUGCCCUGGAGAGGCUGCAGGGACCAGACAUAAGAGUGUUUUGAGCUAGUCCCUCAGCCAUUCGAAUCCCACCCGAUCCUUUUUCAUGAUGACGUUAUGGUCGUGUGUGUGUGUGUGUGUGCACGCGUGCGCGUGUGUGAUGGGCCUGGGUCUCCCUCUGUCCUCUUGCCUGUGGAAGCAUGUUGCCUCCAGACCCUCGGUGCCAAGAAAUAUGCCCCAACGCAUAUUGGAGCCUCACACAUCCAUAAUUAAGGGUCUGUGCCAGUAUACCUGAAACACAUGGACGCAUCCUAAUUGUCCUGGUUAUAAAGGGUCAGGGCAUGGACGUGGGGUUUGAUGACCAAGGGGGAAAUCCCUAGUGAAAGGGGGCAUUAGAUGCAUUUAGGUAGUGGCACCAGUUAGCAGAGAUCUUACUGGGAGAUUAACCCGUCUGAUGGAUUGGGCAAACCCACUUCCCAGCCCCACCCACCCCAGCCAGGAUCACUUAAUUGGCCCUCUCAGGCACUCUCACUCAAGACCCAAAGUAACAUCAUCCAAGGGAAUGAGCUGGAAAUAAGGGUCUUCCUGUCUUUGCCACUGGGUAACUUUGGAAACAUUACUUGUUGCUUAAUUUCCCCUAAUCGUAAUGUUAUGAAGCUAAAAAGUGUGAAUGGAUCAAACUUUAAAGUUGUGAAAACUGGAAAUAAUAUCAAGGAAGAGUAUCACUUAUAUAUAUAUAUUUUUUAAUUCUCCCACGUGGGGCUUGCUGUUUCACCCCUGGGGAUAAAGUAAUGGAAGCCAGUGAAGGCAGAUAGGUUGGAGAGGGAAUCUGUCAUGAGGCAUCUCACAGCUUCCUCUAGAGCCAGGGUGGGGAGGAUCUGCCUUCAUGCUUUUGGUCUUCUGAGAUUCCCCCCAUUUUUUAACCUGAUAAGAUCAUCUUAACAAAUUAUUCUCAACUCAGAUAAAAAAAACACAGGCAGCAAAGUCAUUGGCAAGCAUCAAGGUGGGUACUGUUUCUCCCAGGCAGACAACCUGCUGAAUUCACCUUCUCCGAGGAAAUGAGAUGGAAAGGUCCCUUUCUACACUUACACGCUAAAAGUCAAUGGUAAGCAGUGCCCAGAGACAGCUGAUGCUCCCAAGAACCUCUUCUCCAAGGUUGAAAGACAAGCAGUCAGCCAGUUUGGAACUUCCGGCUUAUUUCAUUUUGUCUUGUCCUACAGAAAGCUAGCCCUUUUCUUUCUAUACAGUACACAAGCAUUUCUUUCUUUAUUUCUCUGCCAAAGGGAGAGAGCCCUGGCCCUCUCUGGAAGGGCCUUAGAUUUGGGAUGCCAGAGGUGUCCCCAGGAGGUGCCCUUAAAGACAAAGGGUAAACUCUGUCUCCCUUUUUCCACCCUUCCCGGCAGCCCCCACUGGUGUCAUAUCCCUGGCGCUCAGAGUUCGACUUCAUGCCAGUUCUGAUUACCCUGCCUGCCUUUAAUCCUAUUUUCUCCUGCUCAGGCUUCCAUGGUACAGAGACCAAGCGCUCAGCAUGCUCGGCUGACCCUCUCUGACCUGGAGGGAAGCCCAUUUUAAACCCUUUCUUUCCUGCAAACACGAUCCUGGCUAGUAGCUCUCCUCCCAGCAGCUUUCUUUCCAACCAUUUGAGCCCUUUGGAGAUAGCUCCUAAGAUGUCACUAGCUUCUGGGGGACUGAACUGCUGUGUUUGACCCCCAUCACAGAGAAAUGAACCAGUGCUCUCCUUUCCAAAUCAAGUUUUAUGCACAAAUGCUUUUCCAUCACCAGAUAAAUACUUAAGAGCACUUAUUCCAUGCCAGGCACCUUCCUCAUAUAGCCCUGCUCAUCUAGUAGCAGGCAGGGUGAGGGAAAUAGCAUCUUGUUUUAUCAGGUAGCCUAAAGAAAUAAUCGUAUCACCAAGAUUUAUCUUUCUUCCCAAGAAUGAUUGUUUGGUUUGGUUUUUAAGUAAGUACCUUUCAACCCUCAACUCAAGCUGAUUCAUAACUGCUGGCUAGAGGACAGGAGAUUAAUCUGGUGUGUGUGUCUCAUUUGACAGAAUCUCUGAUACCCAAAGCCUCGCUGUAAUGAGCCCAUCAAGAGGCAGGAGUGGAAGCCUGAUUUCAGGCUCAGCUCGGAUCCACAAUAGCUAAACACUGCCCUCUUGUGGUCUGUGUAGUUCAGUCCCAGUAGCCUGCAAAUUUCGGUGUGAACAAUUAGUGAGCAAAAUGGGGUUAGCUGGGCAUCUGAUUCGGUGGUGGGGGGGCAUCUGAUUCGGUGA